AUGGUGUCUCCUGCUAUUGCUCUGGCCUUCCUUCCACUCCUGCUGACGCUGAUUAUCAGGUACCGUUACUUCUUUGUGCUGUUCUAUCGGGCAGUCCUCAUCAGGAUAUGGAAGGACUGCGUUACUGGUCUGAGCCGAGAGGAGCGUGCCUUUCAGUACGUCCUCACUCAUGCCACCCCCGGAGACCCUGACAGUAUCCUGGACACCUUUGAUGUCUGGUGCAGCAAGGUGGAGUUCAUCAGCAACAUUGGACCUAAAAAAGGAAAGAUCCUGGACCGGCUGCUGAUGGAGCACAGCCCUCUGACAGUGCUGGAGCUGGGUGCCCACUGUGGAUACAGCACUGUGCGGAUUGCCCGUUCUCUGCCUCUGGGCGCCAGGCUCUACAGCAUCGAGAUGGACCAGAGAAAUGCCGCUAUCGCUGAGAAAGUCAUCCGCCUGGCAGGGUUUGAUGAUGACACGGUGGAGCUGAUUGUCAAUCCAUCUGAUGAAGUGAUCCCUCAGCUGCGCUCUGACUACAAUUUAGAAAGACUGGAUUUUGUCUUCAUGGACCACUGGAAGAAAUGUUACCUCCCUGACCUGCAAAUGCUCGAGGGCUCUGGUCUACUGGGAAAAGGAUCUAUUAUCCUGGCAGACAAUGUGCUGUUUCCUGGUGCUCCAAAGUUCCUUAGAUAUAUUCGCAAGAGUGGCCUGUAUGAAUGGAAGAUCCACCGGGCCAUGCUAGAGUAUAGCAAGGGCAUCAGGGAUGGGAUGGCUGAGCUGGUGUACCAGGGAAUCAAGUAG